AUGAUGGCGAUGGGGAUAUUUCUGUUCAUUUUGUUGCUUGCUCUACUGGUUCUCUUCUUCUUGAAGCAACUCUGGUCCCGAAGACAUUUGCCUCCCGGUCCUUUGGCUCUACCUCUCAUUGGGACCUUGUGGGCUAAUGGGGUUUGGCUUCGUGAAGAUUAUUUCAUUAAGAAUGUAAAACAAUAUGGAAACAUUUACUCCAUGUGGGCUGGACCUCACCUUAUAGUAGUACUGUCUGGAUUCAAAGCUGUGAAAGAAGGAAUGACCAGCUUCCCAGAAGAAUUCUCUGAUCGGCCAUAUGAUGGUUUCUUCAGUACUUUAGAGAUCAGAAGGGGAAUUGUUUUCUCCAAUGGCCACACCUGGAAACAGCAGCGUCGCAUUGGCCUCACUUCUCUGCGGAAGCUGGGCCUGGGGAAGAAAAGCAUUGAGCAUCAGAUAGAAGACGGAGCUCAGAGACUGGUGGAGAUAUUCAGGCAAACAGAAGGACAGCCAUUUGACCCAUCACUUCCAGUCCUAAAUGCAAUUUGUAACAUCAUAUGUACUUUGAGUUGUGGAUGUCAAUUUGCUCCUGAAGAUGAAAACUUCCAGAAGUUAAUUCAAGCCCUGAAAAAUAUUGUGAAUUUCACUGGUAACUUUUUCCAUAUUAUGUAUGGUUUGUUUCCACAAAUAAUGAAGUAUCUUCCAGGCUUUCAUCAGAAGGCCCUGGCUUCCAGAGAGCUGAUCCUUUCCUUUGCAAAGCAGGAAAUAGAGAAACACAAGGAAUCUCAUUCUUUGCAUGAACCACAAGAUUUCAUAGAUUACUACCUUCUUCAAAUGGAGAAGAGCAGGAAUGAUCCCAACUCUACCUACAAUGAAGAGAACCUGGCUCAGUGUAUUUUUGAUUUUUUUGGUGCUGGAACAGAGACAACCUUCGCUACUCUGAUGUGGGCACUGCUUCUCUUGAUCAACCAUCCUGACAUCCAAGAGAAAGUCCAGAAGGAGAUUGAAGAUGUAUUUGGCUUCUCAGGGACAAUUUCCUAUCAGGAUCGGAAAAAGCUGCCUUACACCAAUGCCGUGUUUCAUGAAAUGCAGCGCUUAAAAUACAUCUUGCUAGCUGGGGUUCCCAGGCAAAGCACAAAGGAUGUGAAGAUAAGAGGCUACCUUAUUCCAAAGGGGACUGUUAUUGCCACAGAUCUGCGUUCUGUCCUUCUUGAUCCUGAACAAUGGGAAACACCUGAAGAAUUCAACCCAAAUCACUUUUUAGAUAAGGAUGGGAAGUUCAUUGAACGGGAAGAAUUUCUGCCAUUUGGAAUAGGUGAACGUGCCUGUGUGGGAGAGCAGCUGGCAAGAAUCGAGAUCUUCAUCUUUCUGACCAGCCUGUUGAAGACCUUCAGCUUCCAGUUGCCUCAAGGAGUGAAAGAACUCAAUGAAGCACCUCUUAUAAAAGUGACAACGCAUCCACACCCUUACAAACUGUGUGCUAUUCCCACACAGGCUUAA